AUGUACGGUACCUCUCACUAUACACUAAUCACAAUUUCACAAUUGCUUAGAAAAUCAAUCCUCUCUUUAAGCGUUAUGUCGUCAAGCAUGAAUGUUCCACAAGUUGAAGUUAGUAUUGACAGAAGGAGACUCCCCCCAUCGGUAGGAUACACAUCAAACAAUGUCCGCAUCAUGAUCAACACUUGCUUUCACGAGGUUCUUGAAAACCUUACCACCCGUCAGCGAACGCUAACCGGCCGGUUCGUUUUGCUCUCCCCACCAGUUCUUAUCGAUUUCAAUCUCUCUAGUUUAAGCAACAGUUACAUCCAAGAGCUUCUCCGAGAUAAUCUUGCUCGUGGCCACCAUUGGUUAUGCGAAGAUUUGGCCGCGGAUAUCUCAUCGGAAGCGGAGGAGUUAGGUUUUGGACGUAAUGGAUUUAGCUUGACCUUCUCCAUCGAAAUCACUUACGAGAGGGUUGUGGCCAUGUCUGAUCCUCCUCCAGACGAUGGAUUGUUUUUGAGAACUGUGCUAUCGAAGUUGGUUGUGCUAGGGAAGAUAGAUAGAGAGGAGCAUGAGAGUUUGACGAAUAUGGAAACAGAGUCGUCGUGUUCGAUUUGUCUCGACAAUCUCUAUGGUUCUUCUUCGAUACAUGGUUCCGCCACACUGAUGAACUGUUCUCAUGUCUUCCAUGAACGUUGUCUCUCGGAUUGGCUUCAACGGAAAAACACAUGCCCCAUGUGUCGGACUGUGUUGUACAAUUGCUGAUUUUGGAAACACAUGGGGAUCGAAACUAGGGUUUUCAUGUACUGAUUUCGCAAUCUGGGUCACAUGCGAGUCAAAUUGUUAAAGUGCUAUUUUGAUAAUAAAUUUAGAAACUGUAGUUUUACAA